GGCGACCGUCAACCGCCCUUUAUUGUCUACCACCAUCUGCAUACGUGACCGUCUACGUAUCUUAUGAGCAGAUCAUGCCGCAUCCUAACCGCGCGCAAUAUACCAUUAUUCAGUCGGCACCACCCAAGGAUGACCCCUUCGCAGGAGCAGGCCAACAAUGGGACUCGGAUGUUGACCUACGCACUCAUAAGUCCAUGCGGACGAGCCAGUGGUCACAAGUUGGGCGCGUCAGACGCGUCUUGCUAGUGCUACCUCUUCUUGGACUUCUCGUGCUACUGUUUGGACCAUGGAGGACAGGAACUCCCAUAUAUCCUCAUAUAUCGCAGAUACAAGGCCUUGCCUUUCAGUCACCGCUCCGCAACCAGGCCUUGAAGGACAUCAGGGGUAUCGUCACUGCUAAGGGCUCAACGAGCUUCUGGCUUACGGAUCCAGAACUCUCUCCUGAUCCUAGAUAUUCCUCUGGAGUGAAGAUCUACACCAAGUCCACCCGCGUCCUGAAUUCUAUUUCAGUAGGAGACCACAUCUCCCUUGCAGCCCGUGUCACCGAAUAUCGCUCCUACCGCUCUCUGAACGACCUACUUGGCACCCAACUUACUGCUCCUUCGUCGAUUAACGUCUACUCAAAGAAUAAUACUAUUACGCCCAUCAUCCUCGGUCGUGAUCGCUCACCGCCCACGCAAGCACUCAGCGCUCUCGAUACAGGCGCCGACGGCUGGCUGAGCGUACCCGGGAACGAUACCUUGCUCGAGAAGGUGAAUGGGACGUUGAAGCCGGAGGAUUAUGGUUUGGACUUUUGGGAGAGCCUGGAGGGUGCACUUGUGACGAUCCCGGGUCCUGUGGCAUUAGACUUCAAUGACAGGUUUGGGAGCUUUUGGGUCAGAGGAGCUUGGAACGUCACAGGUCUGAAUGAGAGGGGCGGGUUGACGGUCACAAUAGGACCGGAUGGGAUUCCUGACGCUAACCCUGAGGCCAUCAUGAUCGGAAAGCCUCUGGACCGCUCAAAGAACCCGGUCGUAGCUUUGGGCACUCAACUUGCUGACAUUACGGGUGUAGUCGAAUAUGCGUUCGGCAUGUUUUAUGUUAUGCCCAUCACGACGCCCGUCAUUAUCGAGCACCCUGACUUCGAAGUCCCACCAUCGGCCCUCGCGGUCGACCCCGAGGAUACAUGUACCCUUCUUAUGGGCGAUUAUAAUAUCGAGAAUAUGGCACCAACUUCCUCUCACCUACCCCUCGUCGCAUCCCACAUCGUCAACCACCUCAACACCCCGGACCUCAUGUUCCUCCAAGAAGUCCAAGACAACUCUGGGCGCAGGAACGAUGGCACAGUUAGUGCCAACGUCACCCUCUCCACCCUUGCGGACGCUAUUUUCGACGAAGCUAGCAAGCAAGCUGUCUCACCGGACGAUGUUGUGAAAUAUCGUUGGUUGGAUAUCGAUCCGGAGGAUGGCAUGGAUGGAGGUAUUCCUGGCGGUAACAUCAGGGUGGCUUACUUGUACAACUCAAACAAGUUCAACCUGGUAACUGGUGCACCGGCAGGCGGUGCCUGGAACGCCACCCGACCUUACCUCGACUCAAAUGGUCAAGUUGCUUUGACACUCAACCCUGGCCGCAUCGACCCCGAGAACGACGCUUGGGACGAAGCUCGCAAGCCACUCGUCACACACUGGGAAACUCCCUCCGGAGACCGCUUCUUCACGAUCAACCACCAUGGGAGCUCAAAGAGGGGUAGUACGUCGAUUCAUGGGGAUGCCAGGCCACCUGUCAAUGCGGGGGCGGAUAAGAGGAGAGGACAGGUCGCAUCAGUUGCCAACUUCAUCGAAUCUGUCCUUGCCCUUGAUCCCAACGCCUCGAUCAUCCUCGCGGGCGAUUUCAACGACUUCCCACAAACCCGCUCCGUCUUCGCUCCUCUCACUACUCUUACCCUCCCUUCCACCUCCGCUGCCUCGGAAUCAUCAUCAGCAUCAACAAUAUCGGCGAUGAUAGAAGCCGAUGUCGCAGCUUCCAUCCCGCCUACCGAACGAUAUACAUACAUGUUCGACCAGAACUGCGAACAACUGGAUCAUAUCUUCGUCAGUAAUGCCGUUGCGAGCAGGGAAGGAGGCGUGGAUCUGGUGCAUGUGCAUGUGAAUAAUUGGGCGGAGAGUGUGAGGGUGAGGGCGAGUGAUCAUGAUCCGAGUGUGGUCAAGGUUAGGGUGUGUUGAAGAGGAGGGCGUGGUUUGGAUUGAUUUACGACGAAUAAUACAUGAUGAAUCUGACGAAGUACUGUAUAUAUUGUACACUAGCUUACUACAGC